CAUAUCACAUGUGCCAAUUUUCAUUGCAGGUAUGUAAAUAAUCAUAGUGGAGAGAAACUCUAUGAAUGUAAUGAACGUUCUAAAGCCUUUUCAUGUCCCAGUCAUCUCCAAUGUCAUAAAAGAAGACAAAUUGGAGAGAAAACACAUGAACAUAACCAAUGUGGUAAAGCCUUUCCAACACCCAGUCAUCUUCAAUAUCAUGAAAGCACCCAUACUGGAGAGAAACCUUAUGAAUGUCAUCAAUGUGGUCAAGCCUUUAAAAAAUGCAGUCUUCUCCAACGUCAUAAAAGAACACAUACUGGAGAGAAACCAUAUGAAUGUAAUCAAUGUGGUAAAGCCUUUGCACAACUCAGUAGUUUAAAAUGUCAUCACAGAUCACAUACUGGAGAGAAACCCUAUGAAUGUAAUCAAUGUGGUAAAGCCUUUGCACAACACAGUAGUUUAAAAUGUCAUUACAGAACACAUAUUGGAGAGAAACCCUAUGAAUGUAAUCAAUGUGGUAAAGCCUUUUCAAAACACAGUCAUCUCCAAUGUCAUAAAAGAACACAUACUGGAGAGAAACCCUAUGAAUGUAAUCAAUGUGGUAAAGCCUUUGCACAACUCAGUAGUUUAAAAUGUCAUCACAGAACACAUACUGGAGAGAAACCCUAUGAAUGUAAUCAAUGUGAUAAAGCCUUUGUACGUCACAGUGAUCUCCACUGUCAUAAAAGAACACAUACUGGAGAGAAACCCUAUGAAUGUAAUCAAUGUGGUAAAGCCUUUUCAGGUCACAGUCAUCUCCAAUAUCAUAAAAGAACACAUACUGGAGAGAAACCCUAUGAAUGUAAUCAAUGUGGUAAAGCCUUUGCAAGUCACAAAGUUCUCCAAUAUCAUAAAGGAACACAUACCGGAGAGAAACCCUAUGAAUGUAAUCAAUGUGGUAAAGCCUUUGCACAACUCAGUAGUUUAAAAUGUCAUCACAGAUCACAUACUGGAGAGAAACCCUAUGAAUGUAAUCAAUGUGGUAAAGCAUUUUCACAACACGGUCUUCUCCAACAUCAUAAAAAAACACAUACUGGAGAGAAACCCUAUGAAUGUAAUCAUUGUGGUAAAGCCUUUGCAGGUCACAGUUGUCUCCAAUAUCAUAAAAGAACCCAUAAUGGAGAGAAACCUUUGAAACGUAAUUAAUGUGAUAAAAGACUUUUCACAAAGUUAUUGUCUCUAUAAUCAUAAAAGAACCCAUAUUCGAUAGAAACCUCAUGAAUGUCGUCAGUGUGCUAAAGCCUGUGCAUAUCCCACUCGUCUUCAAAACGUUAAAGAUUCCACACUGGAAAGAAACCUCAUAAAAGCAAUCAAUGUGGUAAAGACUUUUUACAACUCUAUAGUCUCCAUUAUUUUUAAUGAACACAUAGAAGACAGAAACCUUUGGAAG